AUGCCACGAAGAAAUAUUAGCGGAAAACACGUACGCAAGCAUGUUACAACAGCUUGCAUCCCAUGCCGGGAGACUAAAGUCAAAUGCGACGGUACCACACCGGUUUGCAUAAAUUGCCAGAGCAAAGGAAAAGAUUGUAGUUACCGAAAGCGCGAUGACAAACGAAAAAUACCCGUGCGCAUUGCAGUUAGCUUACUUGCAAAACGAGUUGGUUCCCUGUCUCAAUAUAUCCGGGAUUGUGGCUUCGAAGUCCCUGCUAUGAAUGAGCAGGACGAAGAGAGUCUCACAAAUAUCCUUCAGGCGCUCGGAUUGGGUUACGAAGAGAUACAAUCGGAGGCGCACGCAUCAAACCACGCGGGGGAUACUCCUAGUCUGCUCAACUACCCUGCCCGGCCACCUGAGCAGGUAAACGAGGACAAUGGAGGGAAUUCGAACGGCCGCAGUGCCCCUGAUCUCAUUUCAAAUCCCCGUAGGCAGGGCGGUGCUUCGAAGGGACUGAGAACAUUUCCAACUAGCCUGGGUUUUGAUACGGCAGCGGAAGCAUUAUCAGUGAACUCAGUGCCAAUAACUCACGACUCUAAUAUCUCUUUUUUUCUUGAUUCCACUGAAGAAGCUGCACCUCAAAUCCGUCUAUCACCAGACCAUCCGCCGUCCGAGUGUGAACCGCAUGAAUUACAGCCUGAUGAUGCGGCAUGUGAUGAUCUCCCAGACGCUGACGCUGAUGAUGAGUUUACAAACCAACUUUCCUACCGGCUGGGGCGGCUACAGUUCACCCAAGAUGGGCAAUUACGAUACUUCGGCUCGACAUCUAAUCUCACUCUGCUAGAUGCUCUAGUCAGCGUGGAUUUACCCAAUUCAAACAUCACUCAGAAAGAUACCCAAGAAGUCUUGGAAAAUGCGAAACUCAAUAUUGACGUCGACAAGGAUUUAGAAAAUCACUUGCUUGAACUCUAUUUUACGCGAGAAAAAGAAUACAUUCACAACGGCUUGGUCUCUUCAUAUUACUCCCAGUCCCUCGUUGAGGCAAUGUGUGCUUUGGGUGCUGCAUAUGCGCCCAAAUAUCACCCGGAGCUUGUCACCUUUCCCCGGUCUCUACCGGAAUUCUUUGGUGACAGGGCUAGAGUUUUGUUAGAGUGCGAAUUUGAGCACCCUUCUCUGUCAACAAUCCAAUCCCUAGUUCUCGUUAGCAACCACGAAGCAUCCAGGACAAGGGACACUCGAGGAUGGUUAUAUAGUGGAAUGGCCAUGCGGCUUGCUUUUGACCUUGGCCUUCAUCUCGACAUGACACCCUAUGUGGAGAAAGGUAUCAUUUCAGUGGAGGAAUGUAACACCCGGCGUACCAUAUUCUGGGCCGCGUAUAUAAACGAACUGUUUUGGGGCUACUAUUUAGGUCGUUCGGUUCGUAGUCCGAUGGCAGGAGUCACGGUCCAAAAGCCCCACUGGAAUAACGUACGCCCACCAGCGAUAUGGAGGCCUUACGAUUGCCCUAAAAUCAGAACGGAAAGCAUGUAUAAUCCGUUGGAGAUGAUAUGCCAUCGAUGGGUCUCUCUGUAUGAUCUCAUGAUGCCGCUUACUGAUGUUUUAUAUGGAUGUUCUGAAAUUUCGAAGCGGGCUCUUCAGGAAUUAACGGCGGCCACUGUUGGCCAACUGUUCGAAUGGAAGAAGAACCUACCAGAGAAUCUCGAUGUCAAUGUAGCAAAAGAAUGUCAGGAGUAUUUACCCCAUAUUCUUAUACUGCACAUGCAAUACUAUCAGUUCGUAAUUCACUGCCAUCGCCCUUACAUAUCGAAGCACUACAUCCAACCCCAACCACCACAAGGACCUGGCUCUUCCCAUGCACGCAAGAUGUGCAUUGAGUCCGCCAUUACAAUUGCCAAAGUUUUGAUGAUAUAUGAAAGGCUUUAUGGCUUUAGAAAGGCAAAUUUGCAGAUGGUAUCAUUUACUUUUUCUGCAGCACUGAUCCUGAUUUUCACCACCGUUCCAACGCAAUCUAGAAGGCCUAAUGAGGAGCAUACUAAGUACCUUGGUACAUGUUUCUGGGCUCUAGAUGAAAUGGGAUACUGCUUUGAGAAUGCCAAACGAACAAGCAUGUUCUUGAACACCCUUCAGCAGCAGUGGCACAAACGCAGGCGGACUGCAACAAAACGAGAUUUUCAAAGGGGGUCCGAGAAUUGUCAAAUUGAACGGAAUACUUUAGAAUUUUCUGCAUACGAUCGUCCUCGCUCAUCGAUGCAGACUUCCGGACCCGUCGAGACGUGCCUGCCAGCUGAUUACUGGAACCAAGACUACACUUCAGCUAGCGAAGAAGCCUUGGACUUGGUGGAUUUCAUGGAUCCCGAUUUAUGCAAUGUACUGCUAAGUGAAGGAAUUCCAAGAGCAUUCGUCUGA